AUGGCCAAUUCAGGGCUAUACAUUGCCGUGGCGAGUGCCCUCGUCGUGAUUGGCUUGACCUUUGGCAUUCCUUUGUUCUUGGCCGAGUACUUCCCUUGGCAGAGCUUGUACAAGCAGCGUCACGGCAGGCCUACUGUGCGUACUGAGUCGUACAAGGGCAGGACUGCUCUCAUCACAGGCGCCAAUGGAGCUUUUGGUUCCAGAGCUGCUAAGCUCUUUGCCCAUCGCGAUGUUGAGACCCUUGUUCUUGUCGACGUCAAGAACUGUGGAGAGGUCAAGGAGCAAAUCGAGAAGGAGCUGACUGAUGCUGGAAAGCCCGUUCCCAAUAUUCUGGUCUGGGAAGCCGAUCUCAUGUCCUUUGCGGGUUGCCAGGAGCUUGGAAAGAAGGCACAGGAGCUGGAGCACCUCGAUCAUGUCUUGAUGACUGCGGGCAUUCUCGCCUUCAACCGCCGCGAGUCUCCUGAGGGCUGGGAAACCUCUAUCCAAGUCAACUUCCUUUCUGGGGCCCUUGUCUCUCUUCUCUUACUGCCACUACUCAAGUCCUCUCCAUCCAACCCCAACCCUCCUGUUCUCACCUUUGUCACCACCUUUGGCAUCUAUCCCUCCUCCUUCACUAUGGGCGUGCCCAAGAAGGGCUCCUACCUGAAGAAGCUCAGCAACAACAAGGAGGGUAUGGAGCAAGCCCAUCAGUAUGGACGUUCCAAGGGCCUUCUGCUUUACUUUGCCCGUGAACUCGCCUCCCGCGUUGCGACCCCCGCGGCCAAGGAGAAGGGUGUUCCCAAGGUUACCAUCAACAGCGCCGAUCCUGGCUCAGCCUGGACCCCUCUCACAAACCCCAACCAGGCGAAGCUGAUUCCGAGAUUGAUCAUGAAUUUUGGGGCGAGAGAGCCGCAAAUUUGUGCCACUGCCCUUGUCAAUGGUGUGUCGGUUUCUGAGAAGGACCAUGGAAAUAUUAUGCAAGACUUUGAUACCGCCCCGUACCCUCCCUUCAUGAACAGGAAGAGUGGCCGUAUCGCCCAGCAGCGUGUUUGGGACGAGGCCAGAGCUGAGUUUGAGGGCAAGGUUCCCGAAGUCAAGGCUAUCUACGAGAUGUUGGACUAG